AUGACGGUACCGAACCAGGCCUUUACGCGUGUGACCCCCUCGUCGCCGACGACUACUCCGUACACGUCGUUCUCAUCGAUGCAGGCCAUGGCCGAGCCGCUUGCGCCUGCUGCGCACGUCCCGAUCGACGGCACCUCGCCGCCCGCGCAUGGACGUGCGCGCGCGACCUCCAUCCCGGGUGCCACUCGUGCGCCCCGUGUCCUGCAGCCUUUCGACCGCGAGGAGAUCCGCAUCCUGCUACUGGAGAAUGUGAGCCAAGGCGCGCUCAACAUGCUCCGCGAGCAGGGCUUCCAGGUCGACUUCCACACCAGCGCCUGGUCGGAGGAAGAGCUGGUGGCCAAGAUUGGCGACUACCAUGCGAUUGGUAUCCGCUCCAAGACGCGUCUGACCAAGAAGGUCUUUGCUGCCGCGCAUAAGCUCCUCGUCGUCGGCUGCUUCUGCAUCGGCACGAACCAGGUCGAUCUCCAGGCUGCUGGCGAGCGCGGCAUUGCGGUGUUCAACUCGCCGUUCGCCAACUCGCGUUCCGUCGCAGAGCUCGUUAUUGGUGAGAUGGUGUGCCUGUCGCGCCAGCUGACCGACCGCGCGCAAGAGAUGCGUGCCGGCACCUGGAACAAGGUGUCCAAGGGCUGCUACGAGCUGCGUGGCAAGCUGCUCGGCAUUGUCGGCUACGGCCACAUUGGCUCGCAGCUCUCGGUGCUCGCCGAGUCGAUGGGCAUGCGUGUGGUCUACUACGACAUUGUCCCCCUCAUGCCCCUCGGCAGUGCCCGCCAGGCGGACACGCUCGAGGAGCUGCUCAGCACGGCCGACUUUGUCUCGCUCCACGUCCCCGAGCUGCCCGAGACGCGCGGCAUGAUUGGCGCCAAGGAGCUGUCGCAGAUGAAGAAGGGCGCCUACCUGCUGAACAACUCGCGCGGCACGGUCGUCGACCUCUCGGCCCUGACCGAUGCGCUGCGUUCGAAGCACGUUGCCGGCUGUGCCGUCGACGUGUACCCCCGUGAGCCCGCGAAGAACGGCGAGAACACGUUUACGAACGAUCUCAACCCCUGGGCGUCGGAGCUGCAGAAGCAGGCGAAUGUGAUCAUGACUCCCCACAUUGGUGGCAGCACCGAAGAGGCGCAGGCCAUGAUUGGUAUCGAGGUCGGCAAUGCGCUCUGCCGCUACCUCAACUUUGGCGGCAGUAUCGGUGCUGUCAACUUCCCCGAGGUCUCGCUCCGUCCUAUUACCGAGCAGGAGGCGCGUGCGAUCCGUAUCUGCUACGUCCACCACAACCAGCCCGGUGCGCUGCUGGCGGUGAACGAAAUCAUCGGCAAGCACAACGUCGACAAGCAGUCGACCGACUCGCUCAAGGAUAUUGCCUAUCUCCUUGCUGAUAUCAGCGAUGUGUCCGACUCGGACAUCCACGACAUUUACUCGCGGCUGAGCAAGACGCCGGCGUGCAUCCUCACCCGCCUCUUGUCGUAG